AUGAUUCCGAAUGGUUAUCUGAUCUUUGAGGAUGAGAGUUUCCUAGAUUCCACUGUGGCCAAAAUGAAUGCUCUGAGGAAGAGUGGUCAGUUCUGCGAUGUUAGACUGCAGGUAUGUGGCCAUGAGUUGAUGGCCCAUCGUGCUGUGCUGGCUUGCUGCAGUCCCUACCUGUUUGAGAUCUUCAAUAGUGACAUUGAACCUCACGGAGUCUCUCAUGUCACUUUUGAGGACCUGGACCCAGAGGCUGUGGAGAUCUUGCUAAACUAUGCCUACACUGCCCAGCUUAAGGCAGAUAAGGACCUGGUUAAGGAUGUUUACUCUGCCGCCAAAAGGUUCAAGAUGGAGCGAGUCAAGCAGAUUUGUGGCGACUACCUGCUGUCUAAGAUGGAUUUCCAGAACGUCAUUUCUUUUCGGAACUUUGCCAGCUCAAUGGGAGAUGCCAGAGUUUUGGCCAAAGUGGAUGCCUACAUUCAAGACCACCUACUGGAGGUGUCUGAACAGGAUGACUUCCUCAAACUUCCCCGCCUCAAGUUAGAAGUAAUGCUAGAAGACAACCUGACUCUGCCCAGCAAUGGCAAGCUUUACUCUAAGGUGCUAAACUGGGUGCAGCGCAGCAUUUGGGAGAAUGGAGAGCAACUGGAACAACUCAUGGAGGAGGUGCAAAUGCUGUACUACUCACCUGAUCACAAGCUGGUGGAUGGAGGGCUGGGGAUUGAGGGGCACACUGAGGUGUUUGGUGGCGAGGAGGACCACCUUCAGUUUGUGCAGAGGAAGCCGGUACGAGAGAGCACCAAGAGACAGAUGAGCUGCAGUUCCUCGGGAAGCCUUUCACCCUCUAACCAAGCAGCAAACGCCCCCAAACAAACUACCAGGAGAGAGUGGAAGUAUAUCGCCUCUGAGAAGACUGCAAACAACACUUACCUGUGUCUGGCUGUGCUGGAUGGAGUGUUGUGUGUGAUCUUCUUGCACGGCCGCAGUAGCCCCCAGACCUCCCCCUCUGCAACUCCUUGCCUGCUGAAGAGUCUGAGCUUUGAGGCUCAACCCGAGGAGCUGGAAGAGCAGCCGCUGUCCCCCAUGCGUUAUGCUCGCUCCGGACUGGGAACUGCAGCGCUCAACUCCAGGCUCAUCGCAGCAGGCGGCUACAACCGAGAGGAAUGUCUGAGGACUGUCGAGUGUUACGACCCCAAAGAAGACCGUUGGACCUUCAUUGCGCCCAUGCGAACUCCUAGGGCUCGUUUCCAAAUGGCUGUGCUGAUGGGAAAUCUCUACGUUAUCGGAGGAUCAAAUGGACAUUCUGAUGAGCUGAGCUGUGGAGAGAUGUACGAUCCGCUCGCUGACGAGUGGGCUCAGGUGCCCGAGCUCAGGACCAAUCGCUGCAAUGCAGGCGUCUGCUCCUUGAACAACAAACUGUACGUUGUGGGAGGAUCAGACCCCUACGGGCAGAAGGGACUGAAGAACUGUGAUGCGUUUGACCCAGUUGCCAAAACCUGGUCCGGCUGCGCCCCUCUCAACAUCAGGCGCCACCAGGCCGCAGUGUGCGAGUUGGAGGGUUUCAUGUAUGUGAUUGGAGGGGCCGAGUCCUGGAACUGUCUGAACACAGUGGAACGCUACAAUCCUGAGAACAACACCUGGAGCCUGAUAGCCCCUAUGAACGUGGCUCGUAGAGGGGCCGGCGUGGCCGCCUGUGCCGGCAAACUCUUUGUGGUCGGCGGCUUCGACGGCUCCCACGCGCUCCGCUGCGUGGAGGUGUACGACCCGGCUCGAAACGAGUGGAGGAUGCUUGGCAGCAUGACCACAUCCCGCAGCAACGCGGGCGUGGUCACGCUGGGCGACACCAUCUUUGCUGUGGGCGGCUUCGACGGGAACGAGUUCUUGAACACAAUGGAGGUGUACAACCCGGAGGCGGAUGAGUGGAGCGACUGCAUCAAGGCCCUUUCCCCAUUUUCUGAGUGA